CUGCCCUUGAUCAAAUAUCCAAGCAUAUCCGGUCCUGAUGAAUCCCUUUAGAGUUUCGGAAUCGGCAUGUCAACAGCAAUUUUAUAUGUCGCUGCAUUUCACAACAUGUGACAUAAGCUAUUGAAGUGUUUCGAAACUGAGUCACGUUUGACCUGCAGAAAUAAUCUAGGAACACCAUAAAACGGAUAUGCGCAACCACAACACAGGCGCUGGUGUUCUUCGAUAUCUGCAUUUACUACUAAUUGAUUCAUCAAGCAUUUUCUCUCAUAAAUCGGCCACAGUGUAAUAUCUGAUAUCAUAUCUGAUAGACCAGGGAGAACAAGGACUGGACAGCAAGGUGGAGACUUCCCGACCAGUUAUGUUGCGUGGCUUGUCCCGACGCAAACCUUUGUGUCUGCUGUGUGUGAUCGUCUCCACAUCGGUUGUCCUGUACAGCAUGGUCAGCAUUAUCAGUAGGAACAGAGUGAAAUUGAACUUGUUCGAGAGUGGCUUCUUUGAUUACAAUCACACACACAACUAUGACUACAUUUUCACAGCACAGACAGCAUGCAGAAAUAAAAGAAAAAAUCAAUCGAUUUUUUUAACAGUGGUUGUAGAAUCUGCACCUGCCAAGUAUCCAGAGCGGCAAGCAAUCCGUGAAACAUGGGGAUCGUGGGUGACACAAUAUCCAGAUAUCCACCUGGUUUUCAUUUUGGGACUCACAGACAAUACAACACAGGUGAAAAUAGGCGAGGAGAAUCGGAAGUAUAACGAUAUCGUCCAAGAAACUUUUGUUGACUCGUAUCAAAAUUUAUCAAUCAAGUCAGUCGCUGCUUUACGAUGGGUGUCCAAGUUCUGUCAAGAAGCCAGGUAUUUGUUGAAAAGUGAUGAUGAUAUGUUUAUUCACAUUCCCAAUUUGAUAAAUCUUCUUGCGAAAGAGAAGUAUGAAAGGACAGUUCUUGGAAGCCUGGUUAGUGGCGCCGUGCCCAUACAGGAUCCAAAAUCUAAAUGGUAUACUCCAGUAUCAGACUUUCCCAUGAGUAAAUAUCCAGAUUAUACAAGUGGCACUGCCUAUGUGAUAUCUGGUGACGUUGUGUAUGAGCUAUAUCACAUGGCUCUUCAUACCAGGAUGUUUUGGUUGGAGGAUAUAUACAUUACAGGGAUAUGUGCAAAGCGAAUAAAUGCAAAACUAGUUAAUAGUGCACGGUUCACUUUCAACAAGCGGGAUGUGAAUGGAUGUGCAUAUAAAGAUGCCAUAUCAGGACAUUCCAACACGGCGGAGGAUAUCCGUGCAAUCUGGAGCGAUUUACAGACGAACAAGACAUGCUAAUCCACCAUGUCAUCACUUCUGUGGAUUCCGAGUUAGAAUGUAGCUCUCAAACAACCAUGAUGGUUGACCAUAUUAGAUGACCAAAUGAUUAUUUACAGAAUGCUCUCAUAUAGCCGGAUUAUUGCUGAGUACUGCAUUCAAAUGUAAAUGAAAUGCAGACAAAAGGAUUAUUUUGAUUAUAAGCUGUUCGAAUUUUUAGAUACUAACUUUUCUGGUGUUUUAUUGUCCAAACUACCUUAGAAAAUGGACAGGUGCUGUUUCUGAGAACAUAUUUUUACAAUAUUUUACAUAAUAGUGGAAUCAGUCCAAAGGAUAUUGCUCGUUGUUCAAAAUCAGAUUGAACAUUAUAUCACCUGAAGGUAUUGAAAGCUUAUGUCUUCCCAUUUGUUAGUCAACUGUUUAUAUAUCUGUUGUUAGAAGUGUUUUUUCUGACAUCAUAACCCACUGAAAGCGCUACCAAAUAUUUUACUUCCAAACCCCAACCUCACCACAUGCAUGUGAUACGAAACUAGUCAGUGUUUCAGCAAACUCAUGCCUUUAGUGAAAUAGGAAUAUUUUUUGUGAUGUGUUGAUUUCAGAAUCCAAGAGGAAAAAUAUUUCUUUUGCAAGAAUUUCCCAGCUUGGAAUGGAAAUGACUGACUGAAUUAUGCUGUGGCCUAAGUGACUUUGAGGUUUUGUUCAAGUUUGGAUAUAACUGUUGUUUUUGAAAAGGAUGCUUGGAAAUCUUAGCGUUAUCAUAGUAUGUCCUUUGUUGCCAUGGAAGUCUAGUGAUCUGUGUCGAGGGACAUCCUCAAGUCUGAAUAAAUUUUGUGUAUGUAAACACAUUGUCAUUUAGAAAGUGGUCAAAUGUAACCUGUUAUAUUUGGGAUUGCUCUUUCUCAGUAAAGUGUUUUCAUACCUUUUGUCCAUGUGAACUGUGACAAUUUACACUUGUCAGAGGGGCACACAAACUAUGUGAGCAUGACUACCAGUUGUCUGACUCCAAUUAUUUUGUGGAGGCUGCAGUGGCUGAGUGGGUUAGAUCGCUGACUUUGUAGACUGCCUUACCCUGAGAAUGUGGGUUUAAAUCCGGGAUGAGACUCAAUGAGUACUAAGAUAUGUACUUUACUAGAAAGUGUAGUCCCAAAUAUAGGAUAUGUUUUGUUAAUAUAGUCACUAAAUAAGCAUUUGCCAUGAUACUGGUUAUAUAUCAUCCUUUUUGAGGGGGCGGUGGGGUAGCCUAGUGGUUUAAGCGUUGGCUUGUCACGCCGAAGACCCGGGUUCGAAUCCCCACAUGGGUACAAUGUGUGAAGCCCAUUUCUGGUGUCCCCCGCCGUGAUGUUGCUGGAAUAUUGCUGAAAGCUGCAUAAAACCAAACUCACUCACUCACUGAUUAAUGAUGUUCAUAUUUGUGUACACACCUACCAAAGAUGUGUGAUAUUGAUGUCAACAACCGUCAAUGAUUCCCACCAAAAUCUACCAAGAUCUUUAUCAGCUGUAUAAUUCAACUUUUAUUUGAAUUUGUUACCAAAAUAUAUGUACUGAAUACCAGUUCACCAGUCAGAUGUUAUGUCUAGUGUGUAUCCUGUUUACCUUUACAUCAGUUGUGUUACGUGCCGUUUUACAUCAGUUGUGUUACAUGCCGUUUUACAUUAGUUGUGUUACGUGUCAUUUUACAUUAGUUGUCUUACGUGCCGUUUUACAUCAGUUGUGUUACGUGCCGUCUUACAUCAAGUUGUUACGUGCCGUUUUACAUCAAGUUGUGUUACGUGCCGUUUUACAUCAGUUGUGUUACGUGCCGUUUUACAUCAAGUUGUGUUACGUGCCGUUUUACAUCAAGUUGUGUUACGUGCCGUUUUACAUCAUUUGUGUUACGUGCCGUUUUACAUCAAGUUGUGUAGCGUGCUGUUUUACAUCAGUUGUCUUACGUGCCGUUUUACAUCAAGUUGUUACGUGCUGUUUUACAUCAGGUUGUGUUACGUGCCGUUUUACAUCAAAGUAUGUUAUGUGCCGUUUUACAUCAUUUGUGUUACGUGCCGUUUUACAAGUUUAAGUUGUUCACUGGUCACAGGGGGGACUAAGUGAGCAGUGUAUUUAUUUUACCGAACACCUCAGUGUUAAUUUUGAACUGUUUGAAGCAUGGUUAUUGGAUAAGGAGUACCACAGUUAGGCAAUUAGCCAAUUCUAGAUUUUCUGAUCACAUGGAAUCUAGCAGACGACAAGAAAAACAAGAGUUAUCUCCCUUCCAUCUAUUUCAUUCGCAAAACAUCAUACAUGAAUCAAUUAUUUGAUAUAAAGAAUUUCUAAUACGUCAAAUGAGUUCCCCACAGUUCAGCAUUCUCAGCGGGUAACACAGAAAAUGUUACUCGCAUAUAAGCGGGGUACAUGGAAAAUAAUAGAAGACCGCUCUGCCAAUCAGAAAACGACAUUUUUGUGUGAGGUAAGAUAAAUUGUAUGUAUGUAUGGCCAUGUAUUGUAUAUUCUGUCAGUUUUUCAGCCAUUCGUCCUGUCAGACAAAUGUUUUACUACAGCUGUUUUGGUUGGUGCUAUGUGGUGUUUAUAUUUGAUAGGUGGAAAACCAGAGAUUGCAUUUGUGUCUAAUUUGUGUUUCUUUUACAUUUUUUAGGAUGCUCAUACAGAAUUAUUUCAUAUAUAUGUGUGAUGGUAAACUUGUGUGAAAGCUUGUUUAAUGCAGUGUAUGAAAUAAGUUUGAAAAUAGCCAGCCCAAAUGUGAUAACUUGUCUUUUUAAAUGGCAAAAUUAAACAAAAACUUCAAGUAGUUGCCGGCCUAGACCAAAAGUAACAGGUAACCGGAUGUCGGACAGGCCUUAUUUCAUACACUGUUUGAUGCUCAUCAAACCUUGUCAAACCAAUGGUACAAUGUUGUAUUCUUAUCUAAUUCUGAAGCCGUGUUUAAUAAACUGGUUCUUGAUA